CAAAACGUUUAAACCAAAUAUUUUUACCUUCUACUUACCCUUGCUUUGUUUACUGACAAAGAGAGGUGAUCUUCACCAGGAAAAUAGGUUUAAUUUUUUCUAAAUAGGUAAUUUCAUAAUGGAAUCAAGCGUGGAAGAGUUAGAUAAAAAGUUUAUGAACAUAGGCUUAAAUGAAACUCGUGUCAAGGAUACGCUGAAAAAUAAGAAGUUGAGCUCUGCUUUGAAUAGAGUAAUUGAGGGGGCUAAAUUGAACGAGUCAGGAUGCGAUCGUUCUGUUGGCAACUUGUUAUUGACUUUAGCAAAUGAAUCUCUGAAACAGAAGGACACGAAGUUGCUUACACACGAACCAUAUAUUUGCUCUAAAAUAGUCAAGGGAGAUUUAAAGAGCAAUCUCCAAGUAAGCGCUGCUAUUGCUUAUUGCAAAAGUAGAGACUCCAUCAAUGAAGAAGAAUUUGACAAAGAAUCGGGCGUUGGCGUCACCUGUACACCAGAACAAAUCAAUGAGUUGGUUAGCCAAUACAUCAAAGAAAAUGAAGCAAAGAUUAGUGAGCAAAGAUACUCCUCUUUCAAUGCUACGACAUCCGCAUUGCGCCAGCAUCCUAUCCUUAAGUGGGCACCUCAGCUGGAAGUAAAGCAGACACUUGAUCAGAAAUACUUAGAACUUUUAGGACCAAAAGAUGAAAGAGAUGCUCCUGCUGGUAAAAAAGGCAAGGGAAACAAAGGAAAGGCGGACACGAAAGAUCAGAAGAAAGGCGCGACAGGCUCCAAGAAGAGCAACUAUAAUAUGUUUGAAGAAGGCUUUCUAGCAAAAUUGCACAAACCUGGCGGAAACCCACAGCUCAUUCCUGAGCGCAUGAAAGAACACCUAGAAGCAACUGGCGGUGGUGUUGUCACUCGGUUCCCUCCCGAACCAAAUGGAUAUCUCCAUAUCGGCCAUUCCAAAGCCAUCGCUGUCAAUUUUGGGUUUGCCCGCUAUCACAAAGGUAUUUGCUACUUGCGUUUUGACGACACCAAUCCCGAGGCCGAAGAAGCAAAGUAUUUUGAGAGUAUUAAGGAUAUUAUUUCUUGGCUUGGAUUUUCUCCUUACAAAAUUACUUAUUCCAGCGAUUAUUUCGAUCAACUGUAUAUGCUCGCCGAAGCACUGAUUAAGAGAAACAAAGGUUAUGUUUGUCACUGCACCGAUACUGAAAUUAAAAAGGCAAGAGGUGGUGAAGAGCGUGGCCCCAGAUAUGCCUGCGUUCACCGUGACCGUCCCGUUGAGGAAUCGCUGGCAGAAUUUCGCAAUAUGAGAGAUGGAAAGUAUCGUCCAAAAGAAGCAAUUUUGCGAAUGAAACAGGAUCUGAAUGACGGCAAUCCUCAAAUGUGGGAUCUCAUUGCCUACCGCGUUCUCGAUACUCCUCAUCCUCGUACGGGUGACAAAUGGAAAAUAUAUCCUACCUACGAUUUCACUCACUGCUUGGUUGAUUCUUUUGAAAACAUCACCCACUCCCUCUGCACUACCGAGUUUAUCCUUUCUAGAGUCAGCUAUGAAUGGUUAUGUAACGCUCUUGAGGUAUAUUGUCCAGCCCAAAGGGAAUACGGUCGUUUAAAUGUUGUAGGGACACUUAUGAGUAAGCGAAAGAUCAUGAAGCUUGUUAACGAGGGUUAUGUUCACGGUUGGGAUGAUCCUCGUUUGUUUACCCUUGUUGCUCUUCGUCGCCGUGGUAUUCCCCCGGGUGCUAUACUCGAAUUCGUUAGUGAGGUUGGUGUAACCACCGCUGUUAGUAAUAUUGAGGUUGCUCGUUUUGAAAAUUGCGUCCGUUCUUUCCUCGAAAACAGUGUUCCACGCCUUAUGUUUCUCCCUGAUCCCGUGAAGGUUAUCCUUGAGAACCUUGCUGAUGAUUACCGAGAGGAGAUUCAGAUACCCUUCAACCCUAAGGACCCUUCUAUGGGAUCCCGCACUCAAUAUCUUACCAAGACCGUAUACAUUGAUCGCUCGGACUUCCGUGAAGAGGCUUCAAAUGACUUUUUCCGUUUAACUUUGAAUCAACCUGUUGGUCUCUUCCGAGCUUCUUGCCCUGUAGUAGCGAAGAAGAUUAUUAAAGAUGAUAACGGAAACGUAGUAGAAAUUAUUGCCGAGUAUGAUCAAACGGCCUCUAAGAAACCCAAAACUUUUGUUCAAUGGGUUUCUGAAGACCCUGCAAGUAAUAGCCCAGUUCGCUUAUCGGAAACUCACCUCUACAAUAAUUUAUUCAAGUGCGACAAUCCUGCCGCUUUGAAGGAUCAUGAAUUAGCUGACCAGCUGAAUCCUGAUAGUGAAAUUGUCUUGAAGAAUUCGAUGAUAGAGACUGGAAUUCAUGAUUUGAUCAAAACUGCUCCUUGGCCGAAGACUGAUUCAUCUUCUGGUGUUGAUAAGGCUGGAAAUCCAGAGAGCGUUCGUUUCCAAGCUAUGCGUGUUGGUUACUUCUGUUUAGAUAAGACUAGUAACGCUCCUGACAAGCUUGUUUUGAACCGGAUUGUUUCAUUGAGAGGAGAAGAGUCUGCUAAAAAUAAGGACUAAGAAUAAACUUCUGUCGAAAAAAAUUGUUGAAUAAAAACGACUUUGAGGUGUAGCAACCUGGAUUCCUUUUUAGGCACCUUGUUAUUUUUUGAAUUGGC